GGCGCGCGGGCUGGGCGGUGGCCGGGGUAUAAAAGGCGCCGCCCCUCGCAGGGUGCUCCAGCCUCACCUGGACGCGUAGCGGGACGGAGUGGACGCGGCGCAGCGGGCAAAAUGUGCGACAAGCCAGACCUGUCGGAGGUGGAGAAAUUCGACAAGAAGAAGCUGAAGAAAACCAACACGGAGGAGAAGAACACGCUGCCCUCCAAGGAGACCAUUGAGCAGGAGAAGGAAUGUGUGAAGUCUUCCUAGAGUGAGAUGACCUGGCGGGAAGAACUACCACUUGAUUUUUUUUUUUGCUUUGAAUUAAAUCAUGUGUUUUUUUAAAAAAAAAAUUCACAUCAUGUACAUGUAUAGAAAACAGCUCUGUCACCUAACCCACUGUUCCACCUCGCUGGCAGCUUUGGCUGGUGGGGAGAACAAAGCGUGGCCCCCUCAGUCCAUCAACAGCCUGACCCAGCCCUAUCUCUGCCACUCAGCGGACUCCCGUUGACAGCGCUAAUCUUGCUUUAAUGUGGUGGGGAGAUGAGCAAGGGCUAUGGAGGCUCCUGGGGACGGACCCCCUUCUGCCUGGGGGAGUGGGGAUCCUUUCUGGCCUGGCCUACGACCUGGGCCCGUCUCGCAUAUUCUUCACUGAUGGUGUUCUGUAGACUCACUCACGGUUUUUUGUCUUCCUUGGGGGAAAAAUGAGAAGUUUAUUAUAAAAUAAAAAAUGUAAUGACUUA